GGCAGAAUCAGGAAGUGAUUACAAAAGACAGUGAUGUGGGAAAAGUUCCCAGCCUGUAUGAACGUGGACUGUGUGAGUCAGGGAAUACGAACAACGAACUCUCACCGCCAGGCCCUGGGGAUACUUCAGAAAAAGAAGACGCUACUGAUAACAUCUGAGAGGAAGGAGUCAGUCACCGCACCCAGCCUGUGCAUGUAACGCUAUACAAAUUGCCUUUUUAUGCACCAGCUUCCGAAACAGUUUCCAGAGAUGGAUUAUCUUACUUUCCUUUUGGCUAUUCUUCAUGUACACAAAGCUCUAUGUGAAGAGAUAUUUUGGGACACAGCUGUUAAAUUUGCUGAGAAUAUGACUCUAGAAUGUGUGUACCCAUCAAUGAACUCCUUUACCCAGAUUGAGUGGUUUAAGAUCCACGGCGUGCAGAAGAAGUUCAUAGGCAUUUUCCACCCGACUCAUGGUGUGGUCCUACGGGAACCCUAUGACAAGAGGCUUCACCUUCUAAACUCAACGACGGCUCCCAACAAGGUGAUCCUUUCCUUUUAUAAUGCCUCCGAGGCUGAUGUUGGCACCUAUUCCUGCCUUUUCAAUGUUUUCCCACGUGGAUCUUGGGAAAAGAAAAUACGCGUGGUUCAGUCAGACAGUUUUGAGACAGCUGCGCCAUUGAAUUGCCACGUAGUCUCAGAAUCUGGAAAAAACGUCACACUCACCUUUCAACUUCAGGCGGACUGGCCAGUGCAGCAAGUCACAUGGGAAAAGAUCCAGUCCCAUCAGAUAGACCUCCUCGCCUGCUGCAACUUGUCCCAAGGGAGGAGCUACACCUCCAAGUACCCGAGGCAAAUACUGAGCAACUGCAGCCAGGACAGCAGGAGAAGCUCCAUCCUCAUCCUCAACACCACUGCCUCGGACUCAGGGCUGUACCGCUGCCGCUUCACGGCCCACUCCGGAGAAAACGAAACCUUCGUGGCAAAAUUGACCAUAAUCGACGUCACCACGGAGCGAUACACCUCAGGGAAACGCACGGUGACGCGGAUGGAGCCAGAGAAGAUCACUAGUGCAGUCCUGCUGCCUUGUGCAGGUACAGGUAAAACAGAUAACCAAUAUAGCCUCUUUGUGGCUGGAGGGACAGUUCUGUUGUUGUUUGUUGUGGUCAUUGUCGCCAUCUUCGUCAUUUCUUGUAACAGAAGGAGGAGGAGACAGAAAGGCAUCCCAUUCAAAGAAUCCUGGGACACAAAGAGUAAGGCAGUCAAUAACUACAGAAGCCCCAUCUCUACCACUCAACCCAUGGAAGAUGCAAGAGAGGACAUUUAUGUCAACUACCCAACCUUUUCUCGAAGACCAAAACCUAGAGUCUAAGCUUUUUUCUCUUGAUAUGAGCUAACUAAUGAUGACUAUUAAAUACAUGGAUCUUUAUAGUUUCCUCCUACCACCCAAUGACUUUCUCAAUUCCAGUGAACUGAACUUUCAUUUGGUAGGGAAAACACUGCAUUACCUAGAGAACAUCCUGAACAGAAAUGCUUCAGGACACCUGAGUCAAGUUAGCUCAUACAGAAAAGGAGAAACUUACUGGGUCAAGCAACAGAGGAACUGGGUAGGGGAAACUUAGGGAGUUUACUUACCAGGGCUUUAAUGUUGGGUCUAGAAUUAAGCAUGGGCCUAAGCUGGUUUGGAUCGCCUCCCACAGCAACAAAUGUACUUGCCUGGCUUUGACCGAAUUCCCAUGCUGACUUUCCUAUGUGCUUUCAAGAUGGUGGCCAACCACCAAAGACAUUUGUCACCCUGUUUGCGUUUGAUGGAGUGUUUGCUUUUCUAGCAUAGCAAACAUAUUUGGUUAUUUGCCUAUCAUUAAACAGGCAUCAUUGGGAUGAGGUGGCUUCCUUGGUUAAGGGUUCACCUAUAAGAACUGAGGGUGAGGACAAAGCACACUAGGGGGCAAUUCAGAAUAUUAAAGAAGGAAAGGAACCUAGAAGCUGUGGUUGCUACUAACAAAUGUUGACCGCAAUGACCUUCCAAGACAUUUCUUGCUAACCCACUAAAAAGUUAGAACUAGAUAAGUUCUCACUCUCCUCUCUUCUAGAAUUUUCUCUAUCAGUCAUAGUCUAGAAGAAUAACUGGCAGCAAAAUGAAUAUUCAGAGGAAGACAGGGUUAAGUUUUCUUUUCUAAUUUCAAAUAAAUUUAUCUCUGAAUCUAUAUAGAAUUCUUGCCACCAUCCUGGGCCUAGCCUAGUGAGCAAGUGUGUUAGAUGGUCCAAGAAUAAAUAAUGUAAAUAUUUUUAUAUUGAUUUUUUCUUUUUGCUAUCUUUGAGAAUUAUUUUAAAUAUACAACUUCUCUCAAAAUGGCCAGGAACCUAGGCCUUAAGUUCUUUAAAAAUAAUUUCUUGUGAAAUUUGAGUACAUGAAAAGAGAACCAUAGUUGUAAGCGGUGCUAUGGGGCUGUAGGGUAGAAAGGGGUGGGGGGAGUAUGGAGAGGGAACAGAAAGGAGGGAAAGGCAUUGAGGAACAGAGGUACAGAGGCAAGGGUCUACUUCACAGUUUGGACAAACACAACCCUCCCAACACCCAUGACCCUCAGCAGCCUGAAUUCUAGAUUUGCACAGACAAUGAAAAUGUUUGUGAAACUAAAUUAAGCUGUCAUGUCACCUUGAAAUGCUUGUUAUCAAAUAGGUUGAUCAUUCCUAUCUGAAAGAUUGAUUACUUAUCUCUAAAGAUCUCUAAAAUGUGUCAUCUUUAAAAGAUUCAUUACAAAAAGCUUUGUUUAUGUAUCAGAAUUUAAGGCUUCAUGAUAAUCUCAAGUAAACAAAGCCAAAUUUCCACACUGUCUACAUAGAUGCUAAGUUGUGAUUUAUAGUUUGAAACUAAUCAAUGGGUGUUUUAUGAUUUUAACCUUAACUACUAUGCACACUAAGUAGUACAAUUAUUCCAUGAAACUCAAAAGGGAAAAAAAAUAAUAAAAAUGUUUUCUUAGUUGUACUUAUCCGUAAGUAAGAAUUUAUUCUCGUUUUUAUUAUGGUUGCUUAAAGAUCUUCAUAUUUGGAUUCAUGAAGUAUUUCCAUGAGUAUAUAAGCAUAAACCAGUGGAAAGGCAGUUCACCAGAAAACACUCUACCAUCACAUCUAUCCAAGAUGCUACGGCUAAAUCCUUGAGUUUACAUGGUGAAGCAAUUUAGCACCAUUUAUAAAAUAAGCUGUUUCUUUUUCUUAAAAAGUUUAAAACAAUCUGGAAGAUUCUGAUAACCAAAUUCUCAUUGGUUAAUAUAGGUAAGAAGUGAAACAUUUCUACAAUUCUAACAUGAAGAAGUAUAAAUCCCUUCAAGAGAAAAUAGUUACGGGGGUGACAGGCUUUCAUGGUGAACCACUAUGUGUGCUAGCCCCCAGGAUAUCUGAAACUUGUCUCCGUCUCCAUGGGUGCAUUAAUUUUUUAAAAAAUCUCUCACUUAAAAUAUUUAUGGGGAGUAUGUACUCUGUCCUUUCUUCUUUUCCAAGUGGUCUUGCUCUUCAGGAGUUGAGAACUAUCCUAAAGCCUGAGGAGGUUCUCUACUGUCUCAGCUCUUGGGCUGAUGAACUCCUUCCCCAUUUCCUUCUGGGGACAUUCUAACAGGGCAGAGUCAUUGAAGUCUCUGCAAUGCGACACCUGACGCAAGCACCAGGUCUUUGGAACUCUAGCCUGUCCAUGUUUUCCCUCUACUCUUCUGUGCCUACUGUCCUGGGUCUUACUAGGAAAACAGAUCCACAGAGUAAAGAUCAAGACGAGAAUUAAACUAUAUUGUUAAUUUUUUUUUUCUUUGCAAUAUGCCGCUUUGGAAGCCAGAUGUUAUCUUAAGGUUUUUGUGUUUUACAUGUAUAAUUUAUAUUGAUAUAUAAUAGAACAUUAAAUAAAAUCUAUGCUUGCUUUGAAUACCAUGAUUUUAAUAUUUACAUUUAAAAUUACCAAUUAAGGAAAUUACUGUUUGAUAAUACAGUAGAUAAUAAGUAGGUAAACUUGUUAAAUGUCAUUACAGAGGAUUCAAUUUAUAAGGGAAAGAACAAAUCUUUAAUAAAUAUAACUUACAGUGACUGUAUUUACUAUGUUAUUAUCAGAGAGACUUUCAAACUUUCAUACUUUAUUUACAGGCCUUUAUGUAUGCUGAGAAAAUAGAAUAUAGAUUUCUUUCACUUAUUCUUUUUUUUUUUUUUUGUGGUGCUGGAGAGAACCAAGAGCCUUAUGCAUUCCAGGCAAGUACUCUACCACUGAGCCACACUUCCAGUCCAGAGUACAUCUUUCAUUAACUUGUACUCAUGUUUAUAGAUUGGGAGAAGUAAGUGAGUAUAUAAUUUUCAGUUAGGAAAAAUUCAGACUUAUAGAAUGUUUUAAGUAAUUCAGUUAUUAUUAAAAUGCUAUUCAUAUUUAAGUAUAUUGAAUACCAAUUUAAAAGACAAAGUAAAAUAAAAAUUUUAUUAGAUUUGCUUUUACUUUAAACAUCUAAAUUAUAUUGGUUUAUGUAAAAUUUAUUUUAAAAAAUUUCCAGGACUUGGAAUCACUUGUGUGAGAUCCUGGGUUCAAUUCACAGUAUUGCAAAAAAGUAAUAAAAUAAAUAAAAAUUUCAGCUGUACUAAAAUAAUUUUCCAAAUUGGAAGAGUGUACAUUGUAAUUAGAGAUCACUUUAAUUAAAUGCUUCUCCUAGAUUUAUGUAAUAUGCUACAUUUUGUAGACUUGCAUAAAAUUUCUGUAAGAUGCUUAUAAAGUAUAAGUGUAGAUGCUAAAUUGUCAGCGCAAAGUUAACCUUUUCACAAUAGUGAUAUGAAAAUAUCUUUGAAGACUAUAAAACUAUAAUACAAACAUAAAAUAUUAUUGGCUUAUAAUUAUCACUGGUUCAGGUACUGUUAAAAUGUAAUGUCUAGGAAGUGCUGAUCUUCACAUUUAGAUUUUUUACAUCAGUUAAUAUAUAUUUUCAUUGUUCUGUUUAUUGAAAUUAUUCUGGCUAAUUUACCAGGAUCUUGUAGAUUUAUCUGAAAACUAAAAGCAAGUUUGCUUUUCGUUAAAUUUUUCUAUUGCUCUGAUCCAAUGUGCUUCUAGAAUCUACUGCAAUGCUUCCAAAGGAAAUUUUAUAGCUCUUCAAGGUUGGUUUACAUAUUAUAUUUUUCUGGAUUCAAAGCACUAACUAUGUUGUAAAAUGCUAUUAGAAAAAGUCUCAUUUGGGAUGAUAAUCCCAAUCUCAAAUCCAGGACAAUUCUGCCUAUUGUUCUUUUUGUUUAAGUUAUAUGGCUAUCCUAUUUAGGGCAGUUUCCAGUUUUAGUUUCUAGUUAUUUGAGAUUUUCCAUUUGUUGGAAAUGUUUGCCUUCGUUUAUUGUAUUCUGUUGUUUUGAAUGAAUAAAAUGUAGUGUACCAUGAUCACCAGUUUCAUUUGCUAUCAAGAAGAGUAAGGAAAAAUUUCUACAGAA